GGCAGCUCCACGGACGCCUCUGUCUCGGUUAUUUUCCCGUGGUGCCUUGCGGCCUUCCUUUUCCUCCAUCUUGGUAGACUCGUUAGCAGGUGAACUCACCUGAAGAAGACAAAGAUGCCUGGAAGACUGUGGAGCAAGGCCAUCUUCACCGGCUAUAAGCGCGGUCUGAGGAACCAGCGCGAGCACACGGCGCUGCUGAAGCUGGAGGGCUGCUACACCCGGGACGAGGUGGACUUCUACCUGGGCAAACGCUGCGCCUACGUCUACAAGGCCAAGAAGAACACGGUGACGCCCGGUGGGAAACCCAACAAGACCAGAGUGAUCUGGGGCAAAGUGACUCGCGCCCACGGCAACAGUGGGAUGGUCAGAGCCAAGUUCAGCAGCAACCUGCCGGCCAAGGCCAUCGGACACCGGAUCAGAGUGAUGCUGUAUCCGUCCCGGGUCUGAAGAGGAGCUCAUCUUUUUGUUUGUUUGUACAGAAACAAUAAAGUGAUGGUGGUGAA